CUACAAGGAAAAGCAGAUGACUAUGCUUCCUAAACCUCUUUCUCACAUGAGAAACGCUCAUUGAAAGCUGAAGAAGUAGUAUACUGCUUCAGCAUCGCUUUGCCAUGUUGACUACUCUGGACCUCGCACCAUCGUGCGUAACCGAAACAUGGUUGAUGACGGUUGGAACCGAAGGGGGUGCGGCUGUUGUGGUCGGCAAGCCGUCUGACCCAAGUUGCUGGCCUGGGACUCGAGAUCUGGCCACGACGAUAUCACCCGCUAUAUGCCCGGAAGGAUAUACGAGCGCAUGCGACAUCACCGACCCUUCGCAGAAAAAGCCGGGCGAAACUGUAUGGGCAUGCUGCCCAAGCAAUUUUGUCUGCGACGGUGGGACUUGGCAGUGUCUCGCAGACCAGCCAGGGGAGACAAAAACGUACACUGUAUUCGAUACUAAUAGCAACGGCGAUACCAUCACAACUAAGGUCACAUCAGACAGAGGGAUAAACGCACAUUCAAUACGGGUUGCCUUCCGCUCAUCAGAUAUUGUCGGCUCGCCUUCUUCGACAACCGAUACGUCAGUUUCGCGUUUAGCCCCGACCGAAACAGCUACACUGUCGAUUCCAGCGCCACCUUCAAAUACUGCACCGGGCUCGAGUUCUAAGAGUCCGUCUACAGGCGCAUGGAUAGGCAUAGGAGUCGCGAUUGGUGUUAGCGCUUUAGUAUUGCUCGCAAGUCUUGUCUGGCUAGUUAGGAGGCGUUCUCGAAAGCAACAGCCAUCAAUACCACCGCAAUAUGUUGCCCAGGUUCCAAAACCGCCUAAUAAGAGCUAUGUCACACAGCCAUCAGAGUUGAAUGCGGACCCCGGGCCACACGAGCUGGAAACGAAGGCCGCCGUUCCGACUCUGGUGAAUAGGCUGUGAACACGGAGGGCUACGCUUUAUAAGUCAUAACUGUCGCCCCAUCGGCUAUUUACUUGAGAAUG